AUGAGAGAAAAUGCAGAAAAUAUAAAUCGUUCCAGUCUCAUUGAUACUUAUAUUGCAUGUUCAUCAGAUGAUUUUAAAUCACAAUUGUUUGAUAAAUUCGGAAUCUGUUUAAGCGAUCAAUUGAAAAAUCCGAUUUUGAAUUAUUCAACAUACUUGAGGGAUUUGGAUUUAGCAGAAUUAGAGAGUUCAAUCAUUUGUUGGUUAAGCUUAAGCGACCAUUGUUAUAACGUUUAUGACGUUUAUCGGGAAUUAUUAUCAUUCAUAACAUCAGAAAUAUGUAAAAUGUUGUUUGUUAAUUCAAACGGGCUCCGGAGUUUCAGUUUGGGAAGUUGGAAUGAAGAAACUUCCACGAUUCCAAAUUUAUCAUCAUUACGUUCACCAUUGCUGGUAUUCAGGAAUCUAAAAACAUUAGAAAUUAAAGGAGACUUUGAUUAUUUGAAUGAAAAUGAUACAGCAAAUCUAACAAAGAUUUUAGAAUUAUUAAUCAACAACUCCACAAAAAAUGUUGAAUAUAUUAAUAUUGACAUUACUGGAGAUUAUGAGAAUAGUCAAACAGAGAAAUUAAGAAAAUUAAUAGAAUCUCAAAGAAGUCUAAAUUAUUUUAGGUACUCACGAACAAAUUGUCCUGAAGCUUUCAGUGAAGAAUAUAUAAAUUCUUGCUCAACACAAUCCAAAUCUUUGAAGAAAUUGGUGUUUGACUCAGUUCCGUUAAAAAAUAACACAAAUAAUUUGAUGAAAAUCAAUAAGCUAAAGUUUCUAAAUUCUCAUUUGGAUGGUGUAAUCACAACAAUUUUAUAUUUGGUAAAUUGUAAUCUUUCAGAGUUGACAUUGGAAAAUUCCACAAAAGCGCAUCUGGAAGUUAUAAAUAGACAUUGUGCAAACCUAAAUUAUUUAGCAUUGUCUACUACUACGAACACUUUGAUCUCCUCUUCAAUAUUAUUAUCAACCACAAAUUUAAAACAUUUAGUUUUAAAUCUCAAAAAUUAUUCUACCAAAAUGACCGAACAAGAUUUAAAUCAAUUAGGAAAAAAUUUACCAAUUUCAUUAAACACUUUACACCUUAAUUCCGUAUUCGGUUAUGAUGAAUUGGAAUAUUUUUAUAAUAUUACAAAAUUAAAAAAUCAACCUUCAAACUUGUUAUCACCGGAAAUGAUAUUUUCAAAAGAAUUGUUGAACGAGGCAAAACAAUUUAUACAAAAUAUUUCAACGAAAUCUAUUUUUCCAUUUGAAUGUGAUGACUAUGAAGUAUUAUGCGAUUAA